AUUUUCGAUAGCCUCCGGUGGAGCCCCUCUUGCGUGGUCGUUCCCACCGGCCGGCCGUCGACCCCUUGCCCUGCUUCGUGCAUUUCCUCCUGAAAGGACAAUAAGGGCUGCUAGAGCCGAGGCCGGCCAUGUCUGAUCCAGCUCAGCAAGGUGCCCCAGGGACAGGACAGGAAGGAGGUGAAAAUGCUGCAGGGGGCCCUGGUGCAUCUCCAAAUUUGACCAGUAAUUGGCGCCUGCAGCAGACUCAAGCACAGGUGGAAGAAGUGGUGGAUAUUAUGCGUGUGAAUGUGGAUAAAGUUUUGGAGCGAGAUCAGAAACUCUCAGAAUUAGACGAACGAGCGGAUGCUCUCCAAGCUGGUGCCCAAGUAUUUGAAAGUAGCGCAGCAGCGCUCAAGAGGAAGUAUUGGUGGAAGAAUUGUAAGAUGAUGAUCAUGCUGGGAGUGAUCUGUGCCAUUGUGGUCAUUGCAAUUGCACUUCUUCAAAAUGAUCUUUGAAAUUACCGUAAGUAAAAAUGUCACUUUAUUCAAAGGGAUGUCGCAAAUAUAGCACUUCUAUUCUGCUGUGGGUAUAUGAUAUUAUUCCAUAAUCUGAUCUAUUGGGUAAUUGCAUAAGGUUAUAAAUUUAUGCUCAAAUAAUUUAUUGAUUACACAACUUCAAUAGGUACAUGUUAGCAUGUCUUGGAAUCUAUUUUUAUAUGUUCUUAUGUUCAGUGAAGUAACUCCAUUGGAGGUCCCUGUGCUGUCAGGGAAGUAGAUAUGAGAUCAGUACAAAAUACAUAAGAUACUUAACAGGACUGGUGAUUGAGAACCUAGCUUGUUUAAAAGGGCUAACAAAUUGGGAGCUCAUUUUAUCCUACAAGUGCAACUCUUCUUAGCUUAGGAUCUGGGACCGUGGGAAAAAUCUCCUGUAACUACCUUACUGCAUGUUGAAAACCUUCAGGUAUGAGCACAGAGGCAGCAAGUAGAGGAAAACACAGAAUUUCCCUCUCCAGGUAAGUGAGCCAGGCUUGGUACUUUUUGAUUUCCAGGAUCCUUACCCCAAUAAGAAGCAUAUUGUAAGUACAGUUUUUAUUUAUUUUGCAAGACUUACAAGCCGCACCAAAGCAAACUCUGAGUGACUUUCAAUUUCAUUUUCUUAAUCAGAAGUAUGUUAUUCUGAGGAUAAUCUAGAUUUACCUUUAUAGGAUACUGCUAUAUGUAUCUUGAUUUGAGAUAUUACUAAGUAAAAUUAUAUCUCAAAGCCCAAACUCAGAUAUUUAUGUGUUCAGUGAAAGGCCUGAAAUGAACUAUGUAUUUCAGAAUUCUACAUACAGCCUUUCCCAUAAGACUGGAAAGCUAUUAAGCAGUCUUUGCCUGUGUAAAGAUUCAUUGUACUCACCACUAAAGCAAAUGAAAUUCAGGCUUUGUGAUGAAUGAGUGAUGUGUUGGUAUAGACUACACCUGCUGGCUACUCCCAUCAAUAGUAGUAGUAAUCUAAUCAUAAAUAGCUGAAGGCAUGAUUUGUUUACUGUGUCAUCCAAGCCUUGUCACAUUCCUCUGGGUAUCAGCCAGAGAAGGAGGCCAAGAAGGCGUUUAGAUAUACUGAUCAGUUUUCCAUUCCUGCUCAUAAGAAAAUCUAUUAGAUGCAUUUUUGGCUAUAAUGAAAACUGUUUCUUCUUGGGAAAUUUAGAGUUUUCCUUUAGAAACUUAGUUUUACAGCUGAAGUGGUAAUCUCUUACUUAACUGCAGAGUAUACUGCAGACUUUAACCCAACUACCUGUUGACUAAAUGGUGAUUAAAAACAUAGGUAGGACUUCCUUCCGUUAAGCUCAUGACCCAUACCUACUACUUUGGUUUUUUUUUUGAAAUAAAUUUAAAUGAAAGUGUGAAUCAGUAAAUAAUCAAUAACCAAAUGAUAUCUACUGAUAUCAGUAAAUAUCAAUAAUCAAAUUAUUGAUAAUAAAAAGGUGGGUGGCUGAUAGUUUCAAUAAAGGGAAAUGGUGAGAAUUAAGACCGGAAUGGUAGGGACUUAAGUUGAUCUAUGGCAGGGGUCUCCAACCUUAGCAACUUUAAGACUUGUGGACUUCAACUCCCAGAAUUCCUCAAACUCCCAGAAUUCCUCCCAGCAAAGCUGGCUGAGGAAUUCUGGGAGUUGAAGUCCACAAGUCUUAAAGUUGCCAAGGUUGGAGACCUCUGAUCUAUGUAACAAUCAUGUUGGAACU